AAAUUCUAUUUCAAACUUCGCGUAGAUCACUCUAUAUUUAUCUUCGUACUGUCCUGGAUUCCUAGAAUUUUCUGUUAUAUUUAAGUCAUUUCGAAGUAUUGAUUGGCAAGAUUGACUUAACUUGGAGCUCUGAGGACGGGUACAGGUAGUCGAUCAGAUUCGAAGGCAGUCCUAAUGGAUUUCAAACCUCCCUUCCAACAAACCUGCAAGGCAAUACUCUUACAGAAUUCCACCCAUGAAGCAUUAUCAAGUCAUGAUGAUGACAAGGUUUCUCUUGUUGAGGAAUGUGAACUGCCUCUGAUAGAUCUUAGCCAUCUAAAUUUGGGUCACUUUGAGGGAGACAAGUGUAUGAAUGAGAUCGCUCAAGCAGCCAGCCAAUGGGGUUUCUUCCAAGUUGUGAAUCAUGGAGUUUCACAAGAAGUUAUAAAGAGUAUGCAAAAUGAGCAAAAGAGGCUAUUUCAUAAGCCUUUUGCAGAAAAGGUUGAAAAGAAUUUCUUGAAUUACCGCUGGGGGAAUCCACAAGCUACUUGUUUGAGGCAGUUCUCAUGGUCAGAAGCAUUUCAUAUAUCUCUCACCGAAAUUCCAACGAUGAAUGAUCAUCACAACAGUCUCAGAUCAACAAUUGAAGCAUUCGUGAAGUCGGUGUCUGGUUUGGCUAAACGCUUAGCUGAAAUUCUGGCACAGCCGUUGGGUGUCAAACCGAUUUACUUUGAAGAGAAUUGUCCAACAAGAACUAGUUAUCUUCGACUGAAUAGAUAUGCUCCAUGUCCAUUUCCUUCGCAAGUGUUUGGCCUCAUCUCGCACACCGAUACCGAUUUCCUAACUAUAGUUCACCAGGACCAAGUUGGAGGUCUGGAAAUAUUUAAAGAUGGAAGAUGGUUGGCUGUUAAACCUAAUCCUGAAGCUCUUAUUGUCAACAUUGGGGACUUCUUUGAGGCCUUGAGCAAUGGCGCAUACAAGAGCAUCAAACACCGAGUGGUUAGCACACAAGAAGUUGAAAGAUUAUCUGUGGCAUAUUUCUACUGCCCCUCCUACGAUGCUGUGGUCCGAAACUGCGGUAAUGAACCAUCAACUUAUAGGCAGUUCACUUUGAGGGAGUAUAAACUCCAAACUCAAAUUGAUGUUCAGGAAACUGGUGAGAAAGUAGGGCUCUCAAGAUUUCUCCUUUGAAAAACGUCUCAAAACUGAUGGCAAGUAAACUAUAUAUCUACCUGAUAUAUGUAAAAGAGGACAAUAAUCGUGACAUAAAAAAGUAUGGUUUGUGAACCACUUUUUUCUUU